AGUAAAUGUUACAACCAUGACCCUUGACCUGUCAUUCAAUACAUCGAUCAGACAAGAAAAACGAGGACGUAUCCAGUUCUAUAAUUUUACGCAAUAGAUAUUUUUUAUUGCAAAGUGAAAACGAAAGUGGACUUGAAACAAGUUGUGAUACACAUAAAGUCAUGGAAGUCUGCACGAACGUGAUCGAAGAUGAGUGCGCUGAAAUUUCGGUAAACACCGAAGUAGUUGAGCCACGAGGCACUUUUGCUGAAAAUGAGCAAAGGAAAAUGACAUCGUUUGAAACAUUAGUUCACACUGCUCUUGCACUUGAAGAAGACCCACGUGAUGAACAUUCAUAUGCAUAUUCAGAUAAGAAAGUGUUCCAGGAGAGUAUGGACAAAGAUCACUGUUAUUAUUCUGGAAGUAAACUUGAUUCCCACCGCAAAAUUCAAAGUCUUUCAGAUGAAAAUUUGUCCAUUCCCCCACGGAAAAAUGACUUCAUUGACAAAAAUUUCCUUCUACCUCAUUACCGGUCAAAUGACAGUGCCUUGGAUGUGACGGGCUUUGACACAAUAUCAGAUAAAUGUCUUUCAUCAGAGAAUAUUCAUGUUAAAACUGUUGACGUGUUCACGGAAAAUUGCAUUUUACCAGGUGUUUCAGACCCAGACCUUUCAAGAAUGACGAUUAAGAGUCAAACAUCAUUUUCUCUUCCAAACAGUCCCCCUUCAUCCGAAAUAUCUGUGAUAGAUCAUUCAUACAGCUAUAUUAUGUCCGAACAAAAAGUGUCUGAACAAAACAGAAUGUCUUUAUUAAAAGACCAUGCUUACAAUAAUUUCAGCAAGAUAAACAGUCAUGAGAAACCCAAGGUUUUGCUUGAUCAUUCAUACGGAAAUGGUAAAAGAAGGGAUAGUCUUCCAAGUAACGUUGGUGUUAAACGUGGGAGGAGCAACGAUGACCUAAGUCUGUUAGGAAGUUACAGUUUUAAAAGGAAGGACUUUACAAAGUCACCAUUCCUUGAUCAUUCCUAUCAGUCAGUUCAGCUUCGAAAUGAACAAACGCAAACUAUAAAACGUCAGUCGUCAAAACGUAACAAAUCGGUUGUGAAAGAAUCUGUUGUGAAAACAGACAAAUGUAUGCAAAGGCAUGGAAAUGAGAUAGACUCCAAAGAAAUUGAAAUUAGUUCUAGUCCUAAAACAUACAUUGUAAAACGGGCAUUACUUCCAAAUCGUCUUUUAAUGGAUCAUACAUAUGAAGAGAUUACUGAUACUACUGUUGAUAUGCCUACAGGGUUUGUGACUAAAGUUCAGGCUGUUGUUGAAACUGAACUUGCUCAAAUGUUUGAUGAAAUAAGAACUGAUAAAUCGGACCAUAGUUAUGUGAUAAAAAAUUGUGAAAGUACUAAUAUUGACUCUAGUUCAGAGGAAUUGUCAGAUUCAGGAACAGAAUCUUUGAAUGAAGAAGAGGAGGAAAAUUUAAAUAUCCCUGUAAACAAACGAGUCCAGUCACAUGUGGACAAGGAGCACAAACAAGUCCAGCCACAUACAGAUAAGGAACACAGUCGAGUCCAGCCACAUAUGGACAAGGAGCAUAAAGAACAUCCAUAUUUUAAAAGAACAAAAAAGAUAACGUAGAUACAAUGUAAUUAUCAUAGAUUAUGUUGAAGAGUGUUGCAGAAAGCCGAACAAAUCUGUCAUAUCUACAAGAUAUCAUGCAUGUGUUCAAUGAUUAUUUGUGACUGAAAGGAGAAUGAGUGAGUGAAGAAUCCAUUGGCAUAUACAUGUGCUAGAGUGUUCCACAACAACAGCUCCUGGUGUUAAACUGAAAAAGAACUCUGCAUAGAAAAAAACCCAGCUACAUUUGAACCUUUGCGUUUUCUGAUUCUUUUAAGUUGAACUUCAUUUGAUUUAGCAGCAUUACAGAAUUAUCUAACAGUCUUUGCACGAAAGAAGCACCUUGUGCUCAAUUGAUAAUUGACAGAUUUUCUUUUUAAUUUAAGAAAUUUUUCAAGCUCAUUGUUUGGAAAAGUGAUAUGUUUGAGUACUGUAAAAGUCUAUUUUUCACGAGGUUUUAUUUUCGCAAAUGAACCUUCUCGCGAAUUGAUCUGUCUUGCUAAAAUUUCUGUUUUAAUAUUGACAGAUAAGGUCAGUGGCAAUCUCGCGAAUUCAAGAACUCGCCAAAAAAUUGGAAAAUUGCAAAAAAAAAAAUCUAUGAAAUAUAAGGCUUUUACAGUAUGUGGACAGCAAAAGCAGUUGAACAGAUAAAGAAAGUAGUACUCUGAAGUUACUUUUAAGAUUUUCAAUUUAUUUUCUGAAAACUCUUGACUGCCAGAUUGUACGUCAGCUAAAAAGACAAAAUUUUAGAUAGCAGAAAAUUAUUGCUAUAUUUCUGAAGAAGGCUUUAAAACUUCGUUACUGACAGAGUAUAUGUUGUCAAAACACAUACAAAUUUAAUAGAUGUUUUUACUAAUUUUUCCUUUCAAAAUUAAAAAGCGUUUAUCGAAGGGAAAUUGCAUUAAUUAUAAAGGUUUAUAUUUAACGAAUGUUAAGUAAAGUACUUUUUCCUCCGUGGCUACUAAAGGAAUAUUUACUAUAGCUACUAAGUGUUGGAUAUACAUGUAUAUCGUAUUCUUUAAUCCUAUUGUUAAUAACUAAAUAGUACUAUAGCCAGAUUAUAAAGAAUUCUGGGAAAUGUUAUAGGUUUAUUCAGUGAAGAGCAACAUCAUUAAAUUGUGGUGUAAAUGGUAAAUUUAAUUUGUAUAAUUAUGAUAACCUGAUUUUUGCUGUGUAACAGUUUAUAUAAUAUUGUUAGGACAUCUGUGAUGUGUGCAUUUUGUAGAUCUAUGAUCUGUGUAUAACCUUUGCCAAUAAUGCCAAGCAAAACUGUGUUAUAACAGAAUCCUCUGUAUUUCUAUGUAGAUACAAGCAUAAUAAUUUUUUUAAAGCCUAUAAGGCAGACAUUAAAAUGUAAAGCGGUGUCUUUUGUGAAAGUUGCAAGGCCAUCUUACCUAUAACUUUGAUUGCUGAUAAGCCCAAUUUCUUUUGUAAUGUAGAACAAGCAGAUAAAUACAGUAAUGUGUUCAUGUAUUGCAUUUAAUUGAGAGCUUGAGAUUUCAUAAUUUUGGCAGGCACAUGUUUAUGUGGAACCUCUAUUACAUUUUUCAAAUCGGUUAGUCAUCUUAUGUCCUAUGUAUGUAGUGAAAUCUGCUGGCGGCAAGUAAUUUUGCCUUUGCGACCAGUGUCUGUGCAGGCUGAUCAUGGUCUGCACUGUUCGCUAUUCAGUCCGUAAAUUUUCAGUGAAACACCCCUUCGAAUAAUAAAUGGUACUGCCCAAAUUGGAAGAUGGGCCAGUCCAUUUUAGAAAUUUAGCAGGGUGAAGGUUAAUUCAUAAGACAAUUUUAGCAGGUACUUGUUAUGUAUUAAGAUUUGCUACACACCAUGAACUCAUAUUGAAACGACUAUUAUCAGUACUGGUAGAAUUACUGUGCUUUUUUGUCUCAUUUUGAUCAUGAUCAUUAGCAGGGUUUCUAUUAUUAUUCAGUCUUUCAUAUGUUAAAAAAUUGUUUUGAUUCAUGAAAUAAUAAUGGCACAAUACAUGUAGUUAAGAAUUUUCGUGAGGGUUAAAAUUCCGCAAUAUUCGCGAGGCCCUACAUAUCGCGAAAAGUAAUCCUCGCGUAAAUAUUCACCACUAGUAUAAUUCAGAUUCAAGUAGGAUACUAUUUUUACAAUUUCACGACUAUUAAACCUCGCAAACAUAAUCAAAAUUUCAAAUUCGUGAAAUUUUGACCCAGUGAAAAUAUGUACUUUUACAGUAUUAUGAAGCUGUUACAGCUGAAAUUAUCGCCAUUCUGACUUGGUGACAUAAAAUUCAGUUUUUCUAGGGGCUCCAGUUGCAUCAUAAAAAGUGGUAAAUUAGAUGAUGAUUGGCAGGUCUUUUGAAGAAAAAAAAGUGACAAGUAUAUUCUUUUAAUUAAUUCAUUUAUCUUUAGUCUUUCUAAAUUCUAGCAAUGUUACAUAGAAAUGGUACCCCGGCUUUCAAAUGUAUCAGUGAAAGUAGAAUUAUCCAGAUUUUGUCUUAGAUGAUUACUUGAUAGAUAUUGAAUUAAAAUAAUGCAAAAAUAAUUGGUUGCUAAACAAAAAUAUACACAUUUAAGAGUUCAGGUUCAGGUUUUACAAGAACAGUUUGAAUGUAUACAGUUAUAUUGUAUGAAAAUUAUAACGUUCCAAAUUUUGAAACUUCGGACAAUAGUGAAAUAAAGAAUGAAAAUCAUAGAUGUUGAAUGAUAAAACAUGCACUAGCAGUUUUACAGAACUAGAUGUAUGUCUGUGUGAAAUGUGCUUAUGUCUGGGAUGAUCUGUUAUGCCAUAACAAAUAGUGGUUUAUAAUAAGUAUGUUUGUAUUUAAAUAGGUUUGUGUUGUAACUAUGUAGAAAGAUUAUUCAAGUUUUGAUAUUGCUCAAAUUUACCAGACGUCUUUGUAGGAGUAUGUAUUUAAAGAAAAGUAGUAUUGUAUCAGUAACUUUGUAAAAAUGUCUUUCACUGAACAGUGUUCAUUUGCUAACAGUCGUGCAAGAAAAACUUCCUUAUUAUAAUGACUGCUGUUCGAUUCAUUUUUUUCAUGAAUAGAGUUUUUUAUGAAUUUUGUUUUAGAUUACAUUGUGAAAAUAUUAAUGUUGUAUAUCAUGAUUCCUCCAGAUACAAAGUAUAUGGGGGCUAUAUUGGAGUUACCCUUGUCAUCAAUCUCUCUAGUUUGUUUCUGUUCCAUAUUUUCUUAACCCCUGGGAAGAUUUCAUAAAACUGGCAUAAAUUAUUUACCUCAUGAAAGCGCACAAUGAGGUCACUGGGUCCAAGGUUGAGUUCACACUUCAGGUCAAAGGUCAAAUAGCUUUACUUAAUGUCCAUUCCAUUUAUUAAGCCUAAAGCACUAUGAAGAUGUUAAUCAUACUAGCAACAGUUGUUUACCUCAGGAUGACGUGCAGAGCACCUAACCCAGGUCACUAUAUCCAGGGUCAAGGUCAGAUAGCUUAAAUUCAUGUCUGCUCCAUGUCUAGUCAAUCACUGGGAAGAUUUAAAUUAUUUACCUGGUCAAGUAGACCUGCAGAGCACACAAAGUCAAGGUGUCCAACGUAAAGGUAACACUUGUUGGUCAAGGUCAAAUAGUUGUCUCCCCCACCUACUGGGGGAGAAAUACUGUUUUUGCCCUGUCCGUGCGUCCAUCCGUCACACUUCAUUUCCGAUCAAUAACUGGAGAACCAUUUGACCUAGAACCUUCAAAUUUCAUAUUGUGGCAGGGCUUUGUUUUUGGGGUCACUCCAUCAAAGGUCAAGGUCACAGGGGCCUGAACAUGGAAAACCAUUUCCGAUCAAUAACUUGAGAACCACUUGACCCAGAAUGUUGAAACUUCAUAGGAUGAUUGGACAUGCAGAGUAGAUGACCUCUAUUGACUUUGGGGUCACUCUAUUAAAGGUCAAGGUCACAGGGGCCUUAACAUGGAAACCAUUUCUGGUCAGUAACUUGAGAACCACUUGACCCAGAAUGUUGAAACUUCAUAGGAUGAUUGGACAUGCAGAAUAGAUGAUCCCUAUUGAUUUUGGAGUCACUUUAUUAAAGGUCAAGGUCGCAGUGGACAGAAAAUGGAAAUCCAUUUCUGGUCAAUAACUUGAGAAUGAUUUGACCUAGAACCUUCAAACUUCAUAGGUCAUGCAGAGUAGAUGACACCUAUUGUUUUUGGGGUCACUCCAUCAAAGGUUUAGGUCACUGGGGGCUGAACAUAGAAAACUCUUUCCAACCAGUAACUUGAGAACCACUUGACCCAGAAUGUUGAAACUUAAUAGGAUGAUUGGACAUGUAGAGUAGAUGACCCCUACUGAUUUUGGGGUCACUUGAUCAGAGGUCAAGGUCACAGGGGCCUGAACAUGGAAACCCGUUUCCAGUUCAUAACUUGAGAACCACUAGGCCCAGAAACUUAGUGGGAUGGUUGGACAUGCCAAGUAGAUGAUCCCUGUUGCAGCCAACCAGCAGUGUCUCUUUGGCUUUCACUCCUGUCCCCUAUUGACUUCUUGCCUCUACGACUAUGCUUUGGGGGAGUCAUGCGCUUUUCUACAAAAGCAUCUUCUAGUUUAACUUUGUGUCCAUUCCAUAUGGUCUAAACAACUUUUUUUUACUAAACUAGUAUCAGAUGUUUACCUUAUCAAGGUGAUGUGCUGAGCACAUUACCUGGGUCACUAAGUCCAAGUUCAAUGUCACACUUCAGAGGUCAAGGAUCAAGUAGCUCAAAAUUUUGUCUGCUCCAUAUCUUCAUAACUCCUGGAAGAAUUUUCAUAAAACUAGCAGCAGUUAUUAGCCUUAUCAAGAUGAUGUGCAGAGUGCAAAACCACAGGUCCUAGGUCAAGGUCACAGUUGAAGGUCAAAUGGCGUGAUCACAAACUUUCACUUUCCCUGUAUUAAAGCAGCGUCUUAGGGGUAUUUAUCGCCAUUAGUAAUAGCUCUAGUUCUCAAUAUCUUUGGUAGUAAUUGGAAGUUGUUAAUUUUUCAAAAUUUAUUGUUUUCAGUUGUUCAUAAAACAAGAUGUUUGAAAAGGUGAAAGGUAUCUAUAAAAUACAACAAAUAUCCAGUUACCACCCUUGGAACCUAUAGAACCAUGUAUAAUUUUUUUGUGUGCAAUAUUAAGAAAUUUGCAAAAUAUCUUGUUACAGAACUUGUGAAUAAAACUUAAUUUUUUUUGUUACAUCAAACAAGUAAAUGUAAAAUUUUAGUGUUUAUAACAGGAAUGCCAUUUGUGGUUAUGUGACUUUCUAUUAAGUUUUUGUCUAAAGAUUUUGACUCAAAUUUUGUAUGUUGCAAAAUGGACAUUUGGUAUUGUGGAAAGAAAAAUAAGUUUUAUGGGAAGGAUUAUUUUUCAGAAACAUUUUACUCCAUAGCAGUGCGAAUUUAGUGCAUAUUCAACACUAGACCUAACCCUAAUCCUGAUUUUCGUUUUAAAUUGUUUGAAAUUAUUUGAUUAUAAAGCUCUUUGCGAAACAGUAACUGCCAUACAGAGAUUUUUCUUUACUUUGUCUUGUGUUAAAGCCUACAUACCUCAUUAAUACUGUCAUAUCAUUUGAUUAUUGCUUAAACUUACAUGUACCUGUACCUUAGUCAUUGUAACAUCAGUCAGACAUAAUUCUGUCAAUAAAUGUAUGAACAAUCUGA